AUUAAUAAGAGAAUAAAAGCAAUUAUACUAAGAGAAAUCCAAAUAUGGCAAAGCAACAAAGGAUGAUAUCGCAGCACAUUUAUCUUUUAUAUGCAGGUCGCGAUUAAGAAUCAUGUUGCAUGAAGCAAAGGACGGGCAGAAGUUCGUCAGUGAUGUUCCGUAUCUGCGGGACACGCAGCAUAAGGUGGACUCAGAAUAUCAGGCUUGUCUGAGACGACAGGAAUACAGAGGAGACCCAAAUGGGAAGCAACGAGAUCAAUUUUGGGGACAAGAGACAAAUUUUGAGAGAUCCCGGUUUUCAAGUGGGUCAUCUUCCAAACAGAGUUCUGGUGAGGAGGAUGCUCUAGCCGAACCAAGAUUAUCUGCCAAGAGUUCUGCGUGUAAGAGUGAUUCCAGACUUCCAGCGAUUGACCAAACAUCAGUCAAGCAGAAACAUAAAAGUACCAUGACUCCAAAGAAAUCAGAGAAAGCGGGCCCCAGCAAACCCUCUCCAGCAGCCCAGGCAUCGCAGAUUUUAUCAAGGAAGAGGAGGCCAAACCUGACAGUCAGCCCCGAAAUGCAGAGCCCAAGAGCGUCUGGGGACAGAAGCAGACAGAAACUGCAGCUGCCGGGGAAGGAGCCAGCCCUCAGGGAAGUAGAUCCAAUCGUUCAACAAGAAGGUCCAAUGUGGGCAGGUGGCACCAAGCUGAAGAGGCCAACUCGAGAGAGAAGAAACUUGGUCCCAUCCUCACAGCUAAUAACGGUGAUGGAGAAUACUCCCGAGAGAGCCAGAAAAAGAGACCUGAGUGCUCUCUCCCAGAAGGAACCACACCCAGCCCUAUCCCAGGCCUUCCAAGGGACAAACAGUCCUCAAGAGUUGACCAAGUCCUUGGGGCCACCACUCCUAACUACCACCUUGGGAGGGCCAAGAAGAAUGAUGUUUCGGUUCAGAGAUGAAGAUUUUUAUUCCGUUUUAUCCUCAAACUCCGGAGGAGAAAAUGAUGACACUGAAGAGGAAACCCAUGUAGAGGAAGAACUUUUGUUGGCUGGGAUGCACCCGCCCCGUUCUCCUUCCAAUCAUAAGAGAAGUAGAUUUCUUGGGACAUUGGCCACUUGGGCCAAAAAUAAAAGUUUUGAAGAAAAUCCUGCAAAUUGCAGAGCGAAUUCUGUAAGAAGAAGUGAGUCCAGUCCUGGCUCAUUACAACUUAGCAGUGCAAUGCAGCUAGUGACAGGGCAGCCUUCCAUCUGGCAAGGGAUAUUCCAAGACCCUGGGCGGCCUGACGGGAGGUCUGCUAAAGAGAAAGACAGCAGUGACAGUGAAAAUGAGAAGACCUUUCAUUCAUGGGACACCAAAUCCGAGAGCAGUCUGGAGGAUGACCUUAAUGCUGAAAAUGUAUUUCGUGAUGUUUCUUCUACGGAAGACAGGCCUGGAACCCAUGAUUAUGAAAGAGAUUGGCAAGCCCAUUUAGGUGAUUCUAAUAAUCCUCUUGGCCGUUUUCUUGCUGGUAGACCAACAGCUCCAAGAUCAUCAAUGAAUUCAUCCUAUAACGCUCCAGGAUCAUUCACGCCUUCUGCUCUGAGAGACGAUACUCCAAUAGACCGGUCCACAUCGUCUACCUUGGCUCCCAGUUCAGACUCGGCGGGAAGCUCCAGGUUUAAUGUUCGUCAACCACUGUCCCCCAUUAGAGAUAGGAAUCUAUUUGCCAGUGCUGAAAACCACAGUUAUUUUCCUGUAAGCAGUGUGCAUGAAUUUGAGGUCCGGGGAGCAGAAGAUAUUACUUCAACAAGCCAGUCUCAGGAGGCUCCAUUACAUACAGAAGAUCUCGCACUAAAUCCUCAAAGCAGCUUGUCCUUGGUGGAGUCUUCCAGCUCCUCUCGAUCAGGAACGAAUUUACAGGGCCAUUUGCAUGUGCCCAGGUCCCUGCAAGAAAAUAUACCUCUUACUCUCUUUGCAGUGUCUGAGUUCCCAAAUCAAAAUGAGAGUGGGAGCAGAAUGGAGGUCCCUGGCGUCACCGACGAAAAGGAAGCCACUAAAACAAAGGCAGACCCUGAGAAACUCAAGAAAUUACAAGAAAGUCUCCUGGAGGAGGACUCCGAGGAGGAGGGGGACUUGUGUCGCAUCUGUCAGAUAACCGGGGGUUCCCCCGCCAAUCCCCUCGUGGAGCCGUGCGGCUGCGUGGGAAGCCUGCAGUUUGUCCAUCCGGAGUGCCUGAAACGAUGGCUGAAAGUGAAAAUAACAUCAGGAGCAGAUCUUGGCACCGUGAAGACCUGUGAGAUGUGUAAACAAAGCCUGCUGGUCGACCUGGAUGAUUUUAAUGUGACCGAGUUCUACCAGAAGCACCAGCAGUCCCGGGCACAAGACGAGCUGAUGAAUUCAGGCGUGUGCCUGGUGCUGCUGCUUCGUCUCUAUGAACAGAGGUUUGCAGAGCUCAUGAGACUCAACCGCUACCGGGAUGCAAGAGAGAGGUUGUCAAGAAAUUACCCACAACCCAGACCGGAAGAAGAUGAAAGUUCCGAGUGGAGAGAUGGGAAUGCAAGUAGCAUUUGUGAGAGCAACAGCCAAGUGGUCUAGCAAGGGAGCUGGCCAUGGAGCUGGGCGGAAACCUCUCCCCCCAGCAGCCCUCCCUACGUCCCCACAUGCCUCCCUUCCUCCUCCUCUCUACUGAAACUGAA